CGAUUUCUGAAAAAUAAUAUUAUUAAAUAAUUACAAUUUCCAAAUACAGUAACGUAGUAGUAGAGAUAUCGCAGUCGCCCCCGCGCCUCUCGCUCUUUUCUUUCCGUUGGCUUGGCAGCUUGUAAAACCCUAAUUCCAUCCCAAAAGUAGUUCUGGGAGAAUGGCGAGAUCUUUAGCUAGUAUUCUAUACAAAGGCAUUGCUGCAGUUCCAGCUGCUUCAACUGUAUCAGGAUCCUUCUAUCAGCGCAUAAAUCGUUUUUCCACUUCUGUGCCCAGUGAUUCUGAUACACAUGAAGACUUCAGACCCACGACUAAAGUUACUUCUGAUAACUCCUUGAAGGACAUUGUUGAGCAGGAUAUCAAAGAAAACCCUGUGAUGAUAUACAUGAAAGGGGUGCCAGAACUCCCUCGGUGUGGAUUCAGUGCACUAGCAGUGAGGGUUUUAAGAGAAUAUAAUGUUCCUCUAGGUUCAAGGAAUAUAUUAGAAGACCUCGAGCUAAAGAAUGCUGUAAAAUCCUUCAGCCACUGGCCAACAUUCCCUCAGAUAUUCAUCAAUGGGGAGUUUGUUGGAGGAUCUGAUAUCAUUCUUAACAUGCAUCAGGCUGGUGAAUUGAAGGAAAAACUGAAAGCUGAUACAGAAAAACAGCAAUAAAAACAGAUUUAUACACAGUUGUUGGCCGACGGGGUGAUCCUUUCCCUUUAUCUCAGAUUAUAUUUGCUGCUCUGGACAUGGCAAAUAAUGAAACUAGAUAUUCUUGGCAUUUUCCAAUAAUGUAAUUGGUUUUCUUUUCUUGCCUUGUUUUUGAACUCUAAAUUAUCUUUUCGUCGACGGAAAAUAGUCUCAUUUUUCUAUUUUGGUACGUCUACCAUAAGUAGUCUGUUUAUUUAUUGAAACUAUCUCACGAUAUACUAGUAUCCUUGUACAUCGACUUA